UCGAAGGCUCGGUGGUGAUCAGGGAGCUCUUUGUGGUUGCUAAGGCAUUACUAGAUGGUUGCUAGGGUUUUGCUAAGUAGUUACCGUUCUGUAUUAGGUGGUUGCUAUGGUGAUAAUGCUUGCUUUUUAAUAUGAUUAUGAGGUCCAAUUUCUGACACAACAUCUCAUCAAAAUAAAGAGACAAAGUUCUGAUUCUUCGUCUCUUAAGUCGAAGUCUCCACUUCCUCCUGAAGGGUUUCUGACAGCUGACCGUACAGAAAGCGUGAGCGAGCAGUUUGUGCUGAUUUGCAUAAACAUCGUUUUGUUAGAAAAUGUCUUUAAAGUUUCUUUAUUUCCUCAAACCAAACGGGGGUUUUUGUUGGUGUCGAGCAGCAGGGGAGGAUUUUUUACAGUGUGCAGCGUGGCCCUGGUGUGUUUAAAUGUGGUGUGAGUGUGAUGACAGUGUCUCAGUGUGACUCGCCUCAUCAUGCCGAUCGUUCUGCUGCUCGCUCUCCUCACAGUCAGUGAACGUGUCAGCAGCAGAGUCGUUGGUCAAACAGGUCAGAGCGUCACUCUGCCCUGUAAAUAUGACAUCAGCAAACACGGAGCGACUUUCGUCUGUUGGGGUCGAGGAGAAAUUCCACUGUCAGGCUGCGGCGACCUGCUCGUCUCCACCGACGGACAUCGAGUGAAAGAAGAAACCAGAGCUUCCAGCAGGUAUCAGCUACUGGGACGACUGGAUGCAGGUGAUGUUUCUCUGACGAUACUGAACCUCACAGAGACAGACGCUGGACGGUAUGGGUGCAGGGUGGAGGUACCCGGGUGGUUCAAUAAUGAAAAACAUGUCUUCGAUGUGGCCAUUGAGAGAGGUCGCAUCACAACAACCACCACAGCACAGACAGGACGUGAUGUCAUCAUGUGGAGAGGAAGUGAUGUCACAGGCAACAAACCCACAGACCUCAUUGUGACACUGGCUCAGGAGCAGCAGCAGGUCAACAGUCUGCAGAGCUUCAUUGGAAACACAGUGCGAUUCUCCUUCAUCACCUUCAUACCUGCACUGCUGCUGACUGCUGCUUACAGAGGUUGGAGGUGUAACCAGAGAUCAGAGACUGACAGGAGGCUGGACCAAUCAGUGGAGGGGGGAGGCAGCUCUGUGUAGAGACCAGAGACCCAACAACAAGUCUUUAUUGUUGUUAAAGCUUUUUAUUUUUAUUUCUUAAUACAUGUUAAUGUAAAUGUUUCUUAAAUUAAAGUUUUUGUCAUUUUUAAAAAAAUCUGCUGCUCUGAAAAUUAUAGCUGUUUAUUUCUCAAACUCAAUGUGGUGAUAAAAUUAAUUAAUCCGCAGUAAGAAAUAUUUUCUUUAUUAAUCAUCUUCUGAAAGUGGUCACAACUAUCUCCAACGGACGUUAGACUGCAACAUGUAAAAUAUCUUAUUUUAAUGUUUUCACAUAAUGUUCUGCUUCACCUGCUGAGUCUGAAAACCAGUUCAGUGUCUGUAUCUGUGAUAAACACACAAGCUUGUUUAUAUGGUUGAAUAUUUUGUGUUUAAUGGCAACUGUGACUCAAUUGUAAAAUAAUUAAAUAAAGAUAUAAAUAAGAAAA